GAAAAUAGCUUUUCAUUUAUCAUCUCUAAUUUACAAAACAUUAGUAGCUUUCUUUUGUUGUGAUAUACAUUGAUCAUGGCUAAGAUAUCAUGUUCUUAUUUACUCAUACUUAUGCUUGCUUUGUCAGUUUUUUCAGUUGUUGAGAAGGCUAAGGGAGAUAAGCGUUGUAGUAUAAUCAUUGAUCUUUCUCCAUGUUACCCUAUUGAAUGUCGUCUAUCAUGCAUUACCGAGCGCAAUGGAGAUGGAGAAUGUGUUGUAUCCAAAGUUGGUAGUACUCCUAAUUGUUUGUGUACUUAUGAUUGUUAAC